GUGUAUGAUGGUGCAACUUGUGCUGCUGUCGACUCGGGUUGGUUACCAAGCUCGCGAGAGUAAAAUAUGCUUCUGAAAUCUUUGCCUAGUAAAACAAUGGUAGGUUAUUCAACAGCAAAGAAAUCCAUGAAAAUCUCAAAACAGUUAAGCAUCGAAUUCCUCCGAGAAGAAAGUUCUAAGCUAGGUCUUAAGGGUAACAAUUUAGCUGUCACUUUCUUGUCUUUACACGUCAUUUCUUGUAGUAGCUGCGCCAGUAACGCAUCCUACCAAUCCUAUCAACACAUAUUUUUUGUUUAUAGUCAAUUGGAUAGCUUGCAUUAUAAACGCUGUACUUUGUGGUCACUUAUUCCAAAAACUGGGGAUAUGGGUAGUCAAGGGAAUGACAUCGAUGAGCUGUUUGAAGUGAAGAAUGCAUUUUAUUUGGGAAAUUAUCAACAAUGCAUCACAGAGGCUCAAAAGCUGAAAGUAAGUGCUCCAGAACAACGCCUUACCAGGGAUAUAUUCCUCUAUCGUGCCUACAUUGCGCUGAAGAAAUUCAGCAUCGUCAAAGAUGAGAUCCAUGGUGCCUCUGCUCCAGAACUGCAGGCAUUGAAACUGCUUGCAGAAUAUCUUUCUGGUUCGGCCUCCAAGCGAGAUCAAGUUGUGGCUGAGGUGGACAAGAAAUUCUCUGGUGAUAUUGACCCAAACAAUGUGGCUCUGUUCCUUGUUGGAGCAACCAUUUACGCCAAUGAAAACAACCAUGAGGCUGCAUUAAGGGUGCUUCACCAGGCUUCAGAUCUGGAAUGUUCAGCCUUGACUCUGCAGAUGUACCUGGCGAUGGACAGAGUUGACUUGGCGCAGAAGGAACUGAAGGCAAUGCAGGAGAAGGAUGAUGACUCAACUGUGACUCAGCUUGCCCAUGCAUGGUUCAACAUCACUGUUGGUGGAGAGAAGCUGCAGGAUGCUUUCUACAUCUUCCAGGAGCUGAUUGACAAGUCUGUUCCAACUGCACUGCUGCUCAAUGGCCAGGCAGCCUGUUUCCUGGGGAUGGCCAAGUAUGAGGAGGCAGAGUCGGUGCUGCAGAAUGCCCUGGACAAGGACAAUGACAACCCAGAGACCCUGAUCAACCUCAUUGUGCUGUCCCAGCACACAGGCAAGCCUCCAGAGGUCGCUGCCAGGUACCUGAGCCAGCUGAAGGACUCCCAUGCCAACCAUCCCUUCAUGAAAGACUACCAGGCUAAGGAGAAUGAGUUUGACAGGCUGACCCAGCAGUACUCAAUGAUGGUGAAGUCAUAAUCACCCUACACCUGUGCUGUCACCCAAAAAGAAUUCCACACCAAUUGUUUCAAAUGUGCUCUAAGUACUGAAUUUCUUCCUAGGCAGUGAUAUCUGGCUGGUAUGGAUACCCACAUGUCAAUGUAAGCACCUGUGUUUUGAAGGAGAACUUCUGUUAAAACGUGUCUGUGCUGGGCUUAUAAUAUACUGUUUAUGAGGCGAA